AUGUUAUAUGAACUAGUCGCGAUAGCGCGUGUUUCUAACCCGGUGAAGCAACACCUGGAUGCUAUCAAGUACGUAUUCUGUGCUUCUGUCAUUCCCCUUUAG